ACGAUGUUAAAUUGAAAAGAUUUUCAAACUGUCGUUGCUAAGAAAGUUCGUGGAGUAUCUUGUUUGAACAUUAAAACUAAAAAGAAAUAUCGAGUUCUCGGAUAGAAUUUUUUAUGGCAUUUCUAUUGUUCGUUUCGAUAAAUUUAUUUCUUUAAGACGUAAACUCGACGAAGAUACAGGAAUUAGAAGAGUUAUGGCAUUUGCCACUCGUUUUUGUGGAUGGCCAUGUAGAUUUUGUAGAACAGACGGAAAAAUACAUAAUAAUUUAAUUAACAAUACCUAUUCAAGGCGGACAGAAAUUUCUUCACUACUUUUUUUUGUCUGAUAAUGUCAUUUCAAUUUAUGGUGAUUCCAUAUAUUCUCUAUAUUUAUCAAUUUCAUGAUUCUUGUCAAAAUAGCUAUCUAAAGGGACUUUCAGGUUUGAUAUGAAAUCUAUCUAUUGCUGAAGGCAAUAAUUAUUCAUUAUAUAGAAUAUUAAACUAAGCAAUUGUAGUUAUAUCAAAUAAUUGAUAAUUUUAAUAUGUCAGUUAAUAUAAGAAUUAUAACGUGCGAAUAACUAAAUAAAAUAAUUAUCUUAUAAAAUUACAAUAUAAUGAAGUAUGUAUAUAUGAAAAAAAAAAGUCAUGGUGCAUGCCUAAAGUAUAUAGUCUCAAAUUUUUUAAUUAUAAUUUUUAUUUGUUGAGAAAUGACAUUUUUAUUAAUUACAUUGUAUCAAUUACAAUGAAUUCAAUGAUGCUAUUUAUAUUUAAUUUGUUUAACAUUUAUAUAUAUUCGAACUAUAUAGUAAUACGAUACUUUUACUUAUUACGAUUACUUUUAAUGGAUAAAUUCAUAUUUUGUAUAAGUACUGUCGCUAACAAUACAAUCUAGAAAAAGAAUUCCAUGUCAGCGCAAUUUUCUCGUAUCAGAUUAAAAACCCUACUAAUAUCGUAUAUGAUUUUCUAUUGGCCGAUUUCGUGUAGGCUAAUGCAAUAUGUUUUAUCUGCAUUUUCUAUAAAUAUUAUAUUUUUUUGGAAAUAAAAUGAAACAAUUUAUAAAGUCAAUUAAAUCCUAAUAUUGGUGUUAAUAAAACAAUAAAUCUAUUGUAAUAUGUGCGUCAAUAUUAUAUAUUUUGUGAGAAAUCGCGUCAAUUUGUAUGUAAGAUGGCGCAACGGAAACAUUCGUAAACAAGUAUUCCCUCUAUAUUACGUGUAUAUCACGGUUCGUACAAUUUCAAAUUGAAAGGAUUUUUAAACGGCCGUUGCUAAGAAGGUUCGUGAAGUAUAUUUAUUAAAACUUUAUUCAAACUAAAAAAAAAAAAAAAAAAAAAAAUAUCGAGCUCUCAGAGAUAGAGUUUUGAUGGCAUGUCUACUAUUAGUUUCGAUAAAUUUAUUUCAUUAGGACGUAAAGUCGACCAAGGCAUUAGAGAAUUAGAAGAACUAUGGCAUCUACCUCGCGUUUUUGUGGGUGGUUAUGCAGAUCUGACAGAACAAACCGAAGAACACAUAGAAGUGCUAAAAAAAUCUAUUCAAUGCACGCAGGUAAAGAUUAUUGAUGAUAUAAAUAAAAUGAUUCAAGAUAAUGUAUCCAAUCAAGAUGCAAUAAAUGAAAUGAAUAGUUUUCUUAAGGAAGCUGAAGAUGUAUAUAAUACUAUAAAAGAAGAUAUUGAUAACUUAGAAACUGUAUUUGAAGAAUAUGGAUAUCAUUAUGAUAAAAGUAUUGUCAAUGAAACCUUAAAAUCCAAAGAAACUUCUACGACAAGUGAUUUGAAUGAUUCAGAUGAUAUACAAGAAGUUGUUUUUACUCCUGAUUUGGGUUGGCGUUGUAAGAAAAAGUCUAUUGAUAAGACCUCAUCGAUGAAUGGAGAUUCAUAUUUAUCUGAGGAAAGUGCAAUUCUAAAGAAAAUAACUGAUAUUGCUUUAGAAUCUAAGGAGACUGAAAGAACUCAUAAUACAGAUGAUUUAAAUCAUACAGAUAAAGAUAUUUUUACUCCUGUCUCAAGUCGACGUGUGCAAAAGAAAUUUGAUGAUCCAUUAUCCAUAAAUAGAGAUUUAUAUACACCUCGAGAAAAUAAGAUAUUAUUAUCCGCACAAAAGUCAGAAUUAAAUUCUGCAAAGAAUAAGCAAUUAUUGACACCAUUAAGAGAUAGGCCGCAAUAUCAAAUUUACUCAAAACAUUUCUACAGCUUAAAGAAGAAAGAAGCUAAUAAUUAGAUUUAAUUAUAAGAUAUAAGAUUACUCAUACAUUCUAUUAUUGACUAUAAUUCAUAUCGUAUUAAAAAUUAUAAUAUUAAACUUAUUAUAAUAUUUCUAAUAAAUAAUAUACAUAAUUAUUAAAAUACUUACUUGGUCAUCUUUGAGACUUCAAAGUUAUAACAAAAUGAAAUGUAUAUAUUAAUAAUGUAUAUGUUUAAUGAAAGAUAAUAAAAAUUAUAAAAUAUUAAU